GACUGGCCUUAACACGCGAGUAGGUGGGGAUACAUCUAGCAACAAAAUCCCAUCGCUUACCAGUCUCGCUGUUAAUAUCGCUGUUGCAGCUUGUUGGGAACAUCAUCGAAAAUGAAGUAUUUGAUAUCAGCUUUAGGAAUUCUUUUCUGCGCCAUCAGUUUUUCAUUAGGCGAUGUGGAAUCGGAAUUUAAAAAGGCGAAAAUCGAGCCCGACAUUAUAGACAAAGCACCAAUCGAAAAGAUCGAGGUAAAAUACGGUGAGAAAGUAGUCGAUUUGGGAACCGAACUGACGCCGACUCAAGCUCACGAGAUACCAGAAAUACACUACAAACACGAAGGCGGAGUUCUGUACACGCUCGUCUUGACGGAUCCUGACGUGCCGAGGAGGGGAGGAUACAACCGAGAGUUCCGACACUGGCUCGUGGGAAAUAUACCGGAGGAGAACAUAGCCAAAGGCGAAGUCCUGGCGGAGUACGUCGGUCCUGCGCCGCCGAAGAACACCGGAAAACAUCGCUACGUGUUUCUCCUUUAUAAACAAAAUCAGGGCGCAAUUACCUUCGACGAGAGAAGAUUGAGCACUUGGGAUGGAAGUCAACGGAAAAGGUUCUCCAUAAAGAAGUUUGCGGAAAAAUACAACCUGGAGGGUCCGAUCGCCGGUAACUUUAUGGUGGCGGAAUACGACGACAAUGUGCCUGCUUAUCAUAAGCGUUUGAACCUCUAAUCAACCGGCAUUAAAUUCCUUUUAAAUCUAAACACAAAUUUCAUACGUAAUUUUAAAUCCUGCUACUACUCGCAUAUAUAAACUCUAUCGGAAUUAUAUUAUACGAAGAGUGUCGCGCAAAUUUGUGCCAUUAUUUAAUACAAGAAAAUCAAAAAUAAAAUCAUAACGGACUUAUUUA